AUGAUCUGGGGUAGAAUAGUAAAAAACAUCUCAUGUAAAGUUGAAAAUAUAGGAAAGAGAAGCAUUUCAAAUUAUUGUGAUAAAAUAAAGUAUAAUAAAUUAUAUAGAAAUGAUAUUGUAUGUUUAAGAAAUAUACAAAAACGAACUUAUUUGCAUUUUGCUCGUACAUUACCAGAAGACUAUGAACUUCCUUUAGAUACUUUUCCAGAAAAUAUAAGUGAAAUAUUAAAAAAGGAUAAGAAAUCUCUUGAUUUUAUUCAAAGUUACUGGUAUUGGAAAAUAAGAAGUGAAACUAAUUUACUUAAUUAUGAGAAGUUAAUUAAAAAAUCAUAUAAGCAAUUAGCUGUCGAUAUGGGAAUGCAGAUUGCAAACCCAGAUAAUGAGCAUAUGCUAGCAUUACUAGAGUUUUACGAAUACUUAAAAUCUUCUCCUUUCGUUGGCCCAUUUGGUACUAUUGAAAAUCCAGUUAUAAUCCCGAGUGUUCAUACAGAAAGAGUAGUCUGCUGUACAGGGGGUACAGGGGAAAAUGAGCACGUUCCUUUAUUUUUUCGUUGUAGAGAAGGAUUUUUAUAUAGAUGUGGAGAAUGCGAUCAAAUAUUUAUGCAUGUACGUGUAUUAUAUUCAUUAAGUGAUGGAAACGAUCCAUUUCCAAAUGAUCCCGACGUAGAUGAUGUUUUUGAUUUAAAUUUAAUUGAAGAAAAUAUGAAAUUAUAUAAUGAUGAUCAAUAUGUUCGUUGGCCUACUGGAAAUGUUACAUAUAGACAAAUGUUUCUUGAAGGAAAAUGGGGAAAUGAAAAACCAAAUAAUAUUUCUAACUUAAGUUUAAAUAAAUAA